UCUGACUCGCCAUCGCAGGAUCAUCGCAUGAUCAUCGCAUUCUUCUCAAAGCCGACGCGAUCCACACACCGACAUCUUACACCAAACGGAUAAUUUAGUCGAUAUACAGAGCAUCGCGUUUUGCUGGAAGCACGCAGAAUGGGCUGUCGAGAGCUUUUCAUGUUACUGAUGGCCGCGACGUCGACGCUCGCUGCUGAGGUGCCGUCGGACUCCGGUACCGGACUGUUUGCCGAGCCGCAGAUCGCCAUGUUCUGCGGGAAACCCAACAUGCACAUCAACGUUCAGACCGGGAAAUGGGAACCCGAUCCGUCCGGAAGCAAGAGCUGCAUCGGGACAAAAGAGGGAAUCCUGCAGUACUGCCAGGAGGUGUAUCCAGAGCUUCAGAUCACAAACGUGGUGGAGGCCAAUCAACCCGUCAGUAUUUGGGACUGGUGUAAGAAGAGCCAGAAGCAGUGCCGCAGUCACACGCACAUCGUGGUGCCGUAUCGCUGCCUGGUCGGGGAGUUUGUGAGCGACGCUCUGCUGGUUCCUGAUAAGUGUAAGUUCCUGCACCAGGAGCGCAUGGACAUGUGUGAGAGCCACCUGCACUGGCACACCGUCGCCAAAGAGUCCUGCGGCGACCGCAGCAUGAAUCUCCAUGACUACGGGAUGCUGUUGCCAUGUGGUAUCGACCGUUUCCGUGGCGUCGAGUUCGUCUGCUGCCCUGCAGAAGCGGAGAAGGAGUUGGACAGCGCAGCUGCGGAGGAGGACGAUUCAGACGUGUGGUGGGGAGGAGCCGAGAACGACUACAGCGACAACAGCAUGACGCGAGACGCAGGAUCCGAACCGGCCGUGGUGGAGGAUGACGAGGAUCUGGACGAGGAAGAGGAGCUUUUGGACAACGACCAGGAUGGAGACGGAGACGAGGAUGUGGAUGAGGAUGAGGGGCAGCGCCAGAGCAUCAGCGUCGCCAUGACGACCACCACGACGACGGAGUCGGUGGAGGAGGUGGUGCGAGAGGUGUGUUUUGCGAGCGCAGAGACGGGCCCCUGCAGGGCCAUGUUGGCCCGCUGGUAUUUUGUGCGUGAGGAGGGCCUCUGCGCACCCUUCAUCUACGGCGGCUGUGGAGGAAACCGCAAUAACUUUGAGUCGGAGGAGUACUGUCUGUCCGUCUGCAGCCGCGUCUUGCCGACUCCCUCCUCCAGUCCUCCAGACGCUGUGGACCGAUAUCUGGAGACGCCAGCCGACGAGAACGAACACACACACUUUCUGAAGGCCAAAGAGAGUCUGGAGGCCAAACACCGCGAGCGCAUGUCUCAGGUGAUGAGGGAAUGGGAAGAGGCCGAGAGACAGGCAAAGAGUUUACCACGCAACGACAAGAAGGCCGUGAUCCAGCAUUUCCAGGAGAAGGUGGAGGCUCUGGAGCAGCAGGCGGCUAGCGAGCGACAGCAGCUGGUGGAGACACACAUGGCGCGGGUGGAGGCACUGCUAAACGACCGCCGACGCCUCGCUCUGGAGAGCUAUCUGUCUGCCCUGCAGGCCGAUCCACCCCGGCCGCGGCACGUGUUCAGUCUGCUGAAGAAGUACGUCCGCGCCGAGCAGAAGGACCGACAGCACACGCUCAAACACUUCGAACACGUGCGCAUGGUCGACCCCAAGAAAGCGGCGCAGAUCCGGCCUCAGGUGCUGACCCAUCUGCGUGUGAUCGAGGAGCGGAUGAAUCAGUCUCUUGGUCUGCUGUACAAGGUUCCCGGAGUCACUGAAGACAUUCAGGACCAAGUCGAGCUGUUGCAGCGCGAGCGGCAGGAAAUGUCGGCUCAGUUAGCGAAUCUGCAGAGUGACGUGAGGGUGAGUUACGGUAACGACGCCCUGAUGCCCGACAGCACCGCCAGCCUCGACCUGCUGCCCUCCGAAGACACACAGGGCUUCAUCCACCCAGAGAGCUUCAACCAGCCCAACACACAGAACCAGGUUGAGCCGGUGGACGCGCGACCUGUCCCGGACCGAGGCCUGCCGACCCGACCAGUGUCUGGACUGAAGCCUGACGAUGUUCCUGAGCUGCGGAUGGAAGCUGAAGAGAGACACAGUGAAGUUUACCACCAGAAACUGGUUUUCUUCGCCGAGGACGUGAGCUCCAAUAAGGGAGCUAUUAUUGGCCUGAUGGUCGGAGGUGUUGUCAUAGCAACCAUCAUCGUCAUCACCCUGGUGAUGCUGAGGAAGAAGCAGUACACAUCCAUCCACCACGGAAUCAUUGAGGUGGAUGCUGCUGUGACCCCGGAGGAACGUCACCUGUCUAAGAUGCAGCAGAACGGCUAUGAAAACCCCACCUACAAGUUCUUCGAACUAAUGCACAACUGAUGGUGUGAGGCUCCUCUUCCUCCCUGUUUCUCCUCCUCCUCCUCCUCCUCACCUCUGCAGACGGUGCAGGAGACACCAGCCCGAACUCACCGCUCAUUAACAUCUCGCUUCCUAUUGGCCACUUCACAUGACUGUCAAUCAAACAUGACUUCCCAUUGGCUGGACGAAUAUGAACUCGGUCAGUUUCAAGUUAUUGAAGAUGCUGUUUCAAUCUGAAUGAACAAUUCAGAUUGAACAUAUAAUUUGGAUUUAGUUUUAAAUUCACUGCAGAUUGUAAAACUGGGCUGGACAAGCAUGAACAUGACUUUAAUGCUGUUGGGGUCAGUUUCAAGUUCAAUUCAGUUUAAAUUGAACAUAUGAAGUUGAUUCACAUCAAAUUCAAUGCACGGUUCUGAAUUCACUCCAGAUUUUUAUAAAAAUUUAUAAGAAUUUUUAUAAAAUUCUGUUGGCUGGACGAACAUCAACUUUAUCAGAUGGGGUCCGUUUCAAGUAGUUGAAAUACAGUUUCAAAUUGAAUGCACAAUUCAAAUCACAAUUCAAUCUGAAUGCAUAAUUCAAAUUUAGUUUUAAAUUCACUGCAGAUUUUUCAGCUCUAACCUUCCAUGGGCUAGAAGAAUAUGAUCAGAUUAACGCUGUUUGGGUCAGUCUCAAGAUUCAGUUUCAGACUGAAUGGACAAUUCAAAUUCCGUUUUAAAUUCAAAUCACUCAUACUGUAGAACUGAAUUCAUAAUUUCAAUUCAAAUCACAAAUCAAAUUGAUUGCCUAAUUUGAAUUCAAUUCAAAUCACAAAUUGAAUUAAACACAAUUGAAUUGAAUUUAAUGCAUAAAUCAAAUUCAGUUCAAUUCACAAAUGAAAAUUCAGAUUCUCCUAAAUUAACUGCCUAAAUCAAAAUCUGAUCAAGGGCCAAUUUAGUUCAGUUUAAAUUAAACAUGAAGUUUGAAAAUAUAUAUUUUUAAUUUGAUUCACAUCAAAUUCAAUCCACAGUUGUGAAUUCAUUCCAAUUUUUUUAACUAUGACUUCCCAUUGGCUGGACAAACGUGAGUUCAGUUUCAAGUUGAAAAUUCCGUUUCAAAUUGAAUGCAGAGUUCAAAUUCAGAUCACAAAUCAGAUUGAGUGCAUAAUUCAAAUGUAGUUUUAAAUUCACUCCUGUUUUCAACUAUGCCAUGCAACUGUCUGGACCAACAUGAACAUGAGAUUAAUGCUUUUCGGGUCAGUGUCAAGUUCAGCAGAGUUUACAUUGAACACAUAAUUCAAAUUCACUUUGAAAAUUCAGUUUUAAAUGUGAUUGCAAAUCAAAUUCAAUGCACAGUUCUAUAUAUUAACUCCAGGUGUCUGCUGGACCAACAUGAAGAUGAUCAGAUUAAUGCUGUCGGGGUCAGUUUCAAGUUCAGUUUUAGUUUCAAACCAAGUUUCACUCCAGAUUUGAUUAACUGUGACUGGUUUAUGUUGUUAAGAUCAGUUUCAAGUUCAGUUUAAAUUGAACGCAAAGUUUGAAAAUUCUGUGAUCCACAUCAAAUGCAAUGCACAGUUCUGAAUUCACUCCAGAUUUUUUGUAUCUAAUGAAAUCAGUUUGAUCUCAUCAUUCCCUAAGCUUUCUGAAUCUGAUCUGUUGGCUGACCGUGUAGAGUUGGGUUUUGUGUCGCUGCACCGUCUGCUCUCGCACUACUAACCAAGUGAAACACUGGGAUAUCUGAGGAUGAUUGUCUGAUUCUUCCUCCUCUUCAUCGCACACUGACUGCAGCUGCGCUGUGUUUGGUGACGCAUUAAACCUAUCGGAGAUUAUUCUGGUAAUCGAUGUCCUUCUGAAUGAGAUCUUCAAAACGUUUGAUCGUUUCUGGUUUCUUUUUCCAAAAAAAAAAAAGUGAUAAUUUUAAAAAGAAAUUUUUUUUUUUAGUUGUCGAUAUUUAAGUAAUGUAAAAGAAGAAAGGCUAGUUGUAACUACGUAGUGCAUGAUAGAAAAAAUGACGGGAAAACUCUUCUGCUAUUUGGAUCUCGGACUUUUCUCACGUAGAGGCGUUUUAGCAGGAUUAAACAGUAACUUGUGAAAAUGUGAUUUGAGUUGCACAAAAAAUGACUCAAUUUGCUUCUAAUAGAACUUAAACUGGAUUAAAUGCUUUGAUUUCAAGAUCUGGUUGUUUUUUAAAUCCGGCUGAGAUCCUGUCGAUGUACAUUUACUGUCUUUAAUGUUUUUUUCGUCCUAUGCAUUUCAGAGAUUUA